AUGGCAUCUAGAACUACUCCAGUAGUAGCCGCUGCGGCUGGAGUUAUAUGUAAAGUUGGGAAGAGAAUGGGUCGUGGUAUUCCAGAAGUUAACGAAAUCUACAGCAAAAAGUGUUCUUGUCGCAGGGAAAAAACAAUAGUAUUCUGUCGAUCUUGUGGUUACUAUUGCCAAGGACGAAUCCGUUUACUUUGUGAACAACACCCUAGGGUGACAUAUUUGCUGGACAUUACCGAGUGCCCUCGAUGUCACUCGUCAACAUUUCUUGACGAGUACUUAGGUGACUUGAAAUAG